AUUGCCGCCCUAUACAUCCCUUAUCCUGGGCUCAUGCAUGUUCUUGGGUGCCAUACCCAUGGCACCAAGCUCAACAUAAGCGCCAGCUUCGCACUCAAAUGCCAAAACUUUCAGAUACUUUAAAUGUCUAGACCGUUCAGAGAAAUGAGUAUUGGCUCGAAGCUUGACUCCUCACUCCAAAGAAAAAAACAUUCAGCAAGCCUUCUGAGUUUGGACUUAACGAGCACACAUUUCCAAGUGUAAAAAAGGAACUACCCCGAAGAGCCAGAAGGCUGACGUAUCAAGCUAUAAUAUAACUGGUGUCAAAAUACUCAGCUAUCAUGGUCGAGGUUGUCUCAAUCAUCAUCGCCGUUGUUUCUCUGCUCGGCUCGCUCGCAGCAGCAGGUUUCACGGGAUGGAUCUCAUACUACUUGGACCAAGCCAAACAGCGCAAAGCCACGAAGGCUCUAAUCCACAAAUAUCGAGACCCUCUGACACUCGCCGCAUACGAUCUCCAAUCUCGAAUCUGGGGCCUUGUUAAUAGGUUGCUUGACUAUUAUGAUGAUGAAGAGAAGCAAGAAAAUAUCUAUGUUUACACUGCCUUUUUGAUUGGACAAUAUCUUUCAUGGACAUAUAUCCUUCGCCGACAAGCACAAUUCAUGCAAUUUUCGACGGAGCAAAAAAACCAGCAACUCAAUAAGAUCCUGGACGCCGUUACGGAGCACUUUAGCCUGGACAGAUAUGAAGGGGAGGCUUCAUUCAUGCUCUGGCGUGGACAGCAGAUGGCCAUCGGCGAAAUAAUGACAAAAGAGGAAGAAGGUCAGCUCUACUGCAUGGGGUUCGCAGCGUUCUCGAAGAAAUACCACGGUGAUCCCGAAUUCAAAAAGUGGUUCGCACCUAUCGAGAGAGGUGUCAAUCUACUUGUAGCUGCACGCAAGCGACACGAUCCUGCUGCGACUUAUAGACUACGUCGAUUGCAACAUCUUAUGAUUGAUUUGGUUACUCUUCUGGAAUUUCAUCGUGCGACAAAUGAACCAGACAAACAAAUGAAGGUAGAUGCUGCUCCAGAAUGCAAGUGCGACAACUGCCCAGGGCCUCGCGUGGCAAAUCCAGAUGAGAAGCUACCAGUGUAAUGAGCUAGAAGUCGAGAAAGCGAUGAUUGAUGGAGUCUCCUUCUGGCUUUGAAGAAAUGGGGAUGUAUGGAGAUUUGGACUAGCGGCAUCUUCACAAAAGUCUUGCCAUUCGGAGGAUGAUUUCGUUCAACUGUUGGAUGCGUGUCAUAUGGGAUAGCAUUGGGAUAGGAUGCUGACAGUGAUUUACAUUGAGAGACUCGAUGUAAGUCAGUACGAAUUAUGAAUAUAUGGGCUAUUUCCGCUGUGCCACGGGCUUCGAGGCGUUGGCAGUUAGGGAGUGAUUUACCCCGAAAUAAUGAGAUGGAUCGCAACCAAAAUACAAUAGUAUAGAAAUCGCAUAGAUAUCCAUGUAUCACUAGAUAUUAUGGUAAUGAUUCAAUGUUGAUGCCAAAAUU